CGGGUCUCAAGCAUAGCUUACAUUUAACUGCUUUUCUUUCCAGAAUUCCUAGGCAACGCACCUCCGAGGGUUUGAGCAGGAGAAAUACCAACAGAUCUUUUCUCCCUCCAGUGACACUCGUCCCGCUUCAACACAGGUGAACAGACGCAUUCUUUAAAAGGUGUAAGACGUACAUAUCUGAGAUAUACUGAAGAGCAAACACCAGCUUGUUUCCUUUUACAGUGAGAUGCAAACUCUCUCUGUAGAAAAGUACUGCUACUUUCCUGACCUUUAUUCUUUCUCAGAGAUUUACUAAGAACAUAAGGACCAUACUGCGGCUAUUAAAGAGUUGAAGACACAGCCUAGAGCAUCUUUAAGUUCCAGGAUGAAGCCUGGUAACUGAACACACUUCCUGUGUCUCACAAGAAUCCACAUAUGAGCACACACUCAGUGGAGCUCAGUGGUAGGGCACCAAGAGAAGCCACAGAAUAUUCAGUUCAAGGGAAUGAAGAACUGAGAAUUGUCUUGGUGAAUGGAUUCAAAUAUAUGAAAUAAGAGUAAACUGAAGAUCUGAUCCGUUUUGAAGAACUAUAACUGUCCAUUUAUCUAAUCGGUAACAACAAAACACAAAAAAUGAAUUCAACUGUGUUCUCCCUGGUUGAAAAUCACUCAGUUCACUAUAAUGCCUCCGAGAAUUCUCCACUUCUGGCUUUUGACAAUGAUGACUGCCACCUGCCCUUGGCCGUGGUAUUCACCUUGGCUCUUGCUUAUGGGGCUGUGAUUAUUCUUGGCAUCUCUGGAAACCUGGCAUUGAUCAUAAUCAUUCUGAAACAGAAGGAGAUGAGAAAUGUCACCAACAUUCUGAUCGUGAACCUCUCCUUCUCAGACUUGCUGGUUGCAGUCAUGUGUCUCCCGUUCACUUUUGUAUAUACACUGAUGGACCACUGGGUCUUCGGGGAGACCAUGUGCAAACUGAAUCCCUUUGUACAAUGUGUCUCCAUCACAGUAUCCAUUUUCUCGCUGGUUCUCAUCGCUGUGGAACGGCAUCAGCUAAUCAUCAACCCAAGAGGGUGGAGACCAAACAAUAGACAUGCUUACAUAGGCAUUACUGUCAUUUGGGUCCUUGCAGUGGCUUCUUCUCUGCCUUUCGUGAUCUAUCAAAUUCUGACCGACGAGCCCUUCCAAAAUGUAUCACUUGCGGCGUUCAAGGACAAGUAUGUGUGCUUUGACAAAUUCCCGUCAGACUCUCACAGGCUGUCUUACACGACUCUCCUUCUGGUGCUGCAGUAUUUUGGCCCACUCUGCUUUAUAUUCAUAUGCUACUUCAAGAUAUACAUUCGCUUGAAAAGGAGAAACAACAUGAUGGACAAGAUCCGGGACAGUAAGUACAGGUCCAGUGAGACCAAACGAAUCAACAUCAUGCUGCUUUCCAUUGUGGUCGCCUUCGCCGUCUGCUGGCUGCCGCUUACCAUCUUCAACACUGUGUUCGACUGGAACCACCAGAUCAUUGCCACCUGCCACCACAAUCUGCUGUUUCUGCUCUGUCACCUCACGGCCAUGAUCUCCACCUGCGUCAACCCCAUCUUUUACGGAUUCCUGAACAAAAAUUUCCAGAGAGACUUGCAGUUCUUCUUCAACUUUUGUGACUUCCGGUCUCGAGACGAUGACUACGAGACCAUAGCCAUGUCUACCAUGCACACGGAUGUGUCCAAGACGUCUCUGAAGCAGGCUAGCCCAGUCGCAUUUAAAAAAAUCAGUAUGAAUGACAAUGAAAAAGUCUGAAGCUGCUCAGAGCAUAUGGUCCCAGGCUAUAUCUGUGGGAAAACAAGCACAGCCUGCCGCAUGCUUUCUUUACCUGUGCUCCGGGGGGACGGAAUGAGGCGCGUUUGGAAAGCUUUUAGUGGUUGCCAUGAUUACUUAGCAAUCUAGAUUACUCUGUAAUCUAUCUCUGGCAACAGUUUGGACUAGCACAAAGGAGAGAGAGAGAGAGAGAGAGAGAGAGAGAGAGAGAGAGAGAGAGAGAGAGAGAGAGCCUGCCUGCCUGUCUGUCUGCCUGCCUGUCUGUCUGUCUAUCUUUGUGUAUGUGUUUGAAAUUAUGCAUAUGACAAGGAAUUUUACAGUGUGUUUAUUGAAGUGAAUUUCUCUGAAGUAGUGUCAUGAGUUCAUUUCAAAAGCAGUAUCCACCUGAUAUUCUCAAGAUACUGACUUUUCAAGAUCAGAUGAGAUUUCCAAGACCCUGGACUACCUUCGUUCCUUGCUAGGCAUCAUCUUAGUCUGUUACAAGGGUGACAGUAUAAAAAAGUCACCUUUUAAAAUGUGCCUGAGUCAAAAGAGUGUCUGAUGUUAUUUGGCAGCAUCUUUUUCUUUUCCUCUCUAUUUUUGUAAGGACUGGAUUUCUUACUCCUAAUUGAGUUUUGCCUAAGUUAAAGAUAAGUAAAGAACAUGUUUUCAGCUGUAAAAAAUCACCGGGAGUUAGGCCACCCACAAGAAUGAAGUGGCAAAGCAGGUCCCUGAUUUCAAAAUUCUUCUGACCACCAAAGCAUUUCAGGGUAAUUAGUUUAAUAUGUAAACUAGUCUUGCUGCAGACAGGUAAGUUGCAUCCAAAGGACUUGAUCAUCGAAAGGUUUUGCAUCGUUCAUAAGAGCACUGAGCUCUAUCAAGCUUUUUGGCACACGCAUGCAACUCAGAGCAUUUCUAACUCAUACUGCACAGAAACAUAAGAUGCAUUUUCUCCACAGCCGUGCCUGCAUAGUAAUUAGUGUUUAACUCUCACCAUUUAUCCUUCAUUACAGAGGACACAGGGACAAUGUUAAUGUAUCUACCCUUCAGCUAGCAGGUGCCUGUACCUAAAACUUUCAUGCAACCAGCCCAUCCUAACUUGUAUAAACUGUAUAAUGUGUGGAGUUUUAUAAUCAUAUACUAUUAUAUCAUAGAAUACUGAGUAGCGCUGUCAUAUUAAUAUAUUUACUUUCAUAUAUCUUGUAAUCAUGAUUUAGACUCAGAAAAGAUACUUUGAAGAACAAGACGGUUUCAAUGUAUUGUACAAAAUGUUGCCUGUGUAUGAUUUUAGAAGGGCAAACACUUUCUGAAUUAAAACUGAGCUUUUU